AUAUGAUUUAUUGUUCUUAUUAGGAAAUUUAUUUCAUUAAUCAUGAUGUAACAAAUAGUCAUUGUAAUACUAUCUUAAGAGUAAGUUAAAGUCCUGUAGUGUUUUUUUUGUUCAUACUUAUAGUUUGAUGCAUAAAUAAAUAUGAAAAUACCACAAGUAAACAUUGAAUAUUGAUAUUUGAUCAGUACUACAUAAAUACAAUAAGUCACGCUCGUCGCCUAUGCACCGAAUACAUUUAUACAUAUAUUCAAUACUUGUAUUGCAAUUUGAAUAUGGCUAUUAUUGAUAUUAACAUAAUUUUCCCUACAUAAUUAAUUAUUUAACAUGUCACGCAUUGUUUAAUUCCUUUAUCGUGGCUCAUGAUAUCAGUUGAUAUCAGUUCAUAUCAAGCGGUUCGUGUGGGAUGUAACCGUCGUUAUACAACCUUCGUUGCUGCACGAAUGUAAACGUUUUUAAUAUAAUAAGAGUAAAAUAACAGUAUUCGCGAUGGGAUCCAUCAAUUGGGGGGAGUUAUUUCCAGGAAGAUGGAGUCCCGUCAUUUUUAUUUCGUACAUGGCCCUAUUCGUAAACCAAGGUAUUAUUGUCACUUGGUCUCAAAAAAAUGGCCAUUACGAAUAUAAUAUUGUUAUGGUGGUGUUGAUGACAGAAGUAUUGAAGUUGAUUGCUUCUAUAAUCUUGUACUGUAAAGACAAUAGCUUUGGAAAUCUUUGCCAAGAAAUAACUGGAAAUAAAAGGGUACUACUACUGUAUACGAUACCUUCAUUUUUAUAUUGUCUGUACAAUAAUCUGGCAUUUAUCAACUUGGCUGCAUUUGAUCCGACAACUUAUUAUGUUUUAUUACAAUUUCGUGUUGUUAUGACUGGAAUUAUUUUCCAGGUCGUUUUUAAUAAAAAAUUAUCCUUAAAGCAAUGGUUUUCACUAAUAAUAUUAACCAUUGGAUGUAUGGUAAAACAUGUAGAUUUCGAUUUUAGCAUGAAUAUAUUUAAUGCCAAAGUUCAUUUAAAUAGUAACAUAUUUCUUAUAUUUGUUCAGACAAUUUGCUCCUGUCUGGCUGGUGUAUACAAUGAAUAUCUGCUUAAAGAACAAGGAGCUAAUAUCAAUAUUUUUGUACAAAACGUAUUUAUGUACAUUGAUAGUAUUUUUUGUAAUCUUAUCGUUUUUGUAAUACUUUUUCUCUCAGAGAGUAGCCCAUCUGAUAUGUUUGAUAAUGCAGAUCCCAGUAUACUUUUCCAACCAAAAGUCAUUAUAAUUAUGCUAAAUAAUACAGCAAUAGGUAUAAUUACAAGUUUUUUCUUGAAAAAUUUGAACUCAAUAUUAAAGACUUUUGCUAGUGCACUGGAGCUGGUGUUUACUGCAGUUUUGUGUUGGUUAAUAUUCAGUAUUCCUAUUCACAUGAACACAGUAUUCUCAAUUGCUAUGGUGAGCUAUGCAGUGAUAUUAUAUUCACAAAAUCCAGUACAAAAUGUUCGAACUAAAGAUCAUACUCUCCUGAAGGCUGAUAGUAUAGUUUAGUGGAACCAAGUUAAAUGAACUUUUGUUAAGUAUUGUGUACAUAACUGUAAAAGUAUUUUGCCCGAUGCAGAUCUGUUAUUUAUAUCUUCAUUGAUCCUGUGUUUAUUAUUGCAUAGUUCCUAAUGUGAUGUUAUAUGUUGUGGACGAAACCAUAAAACUGUGUUCAGUCUUAAACUUAUUUUUCCAGAAUAGGUUCCAAACAGAGGACGUCCCUUAUAGUUAUAUCAUACGAAUUUUAAAUGUUACUUAAUAAUAUAUGCAAUAAUCUUAAUAUAAGUACAUUCACAUAAUGCUGUACUUUACGAUUCAUAUAUAAUGUUACAAACUAUAACUCAUUUGUUUUUAAAUAUGUAUAGGUAGUGCAAAGUUUAUUUAUACUUAUUAUUAUUCAUAAUUUCGUUAAAUAGUAUUUUAUCGACUUGGAAACACGAUUUCGAAGUUACAUAUAUUUUUUUAUUUGUUAGAAAGAGUAUUUUGACUGUGAAAUACGAAGAAUGCUUUAAUAUGCAUAAUAAGUAAUUAAACAGGUGUGAAUGUUGUGUGCCAUAUAUAAUAAAAAAAAAAAGGAAAAUGUAAUUAGGCAGUAUGUCCAUAUUUGAACUGUUUUCCUAUUGUAUUUUUGAAAAAUAUACACGUGUUUUUUUCCCGAA